AUGGCCGAACUCGACGCAAUCUACAACGCAUACAACGAGAUCACAGACGCCGGAGAAAACGCACCUCAGCACGUGGAGGCAUACUCCCAGAUCAUUGCGGGCGCACAAGGAACUGAGGGCACAAAGAGGCUUGCAGCACAGUAUGGACUCAUUCGGAUAGGCGUAAAGGAAGAAAAUGGUCUCAUAUUUAUCCCGACCUUCUUCAAGCACUUUCCCGACCUUCACUCAAGGGCUAUUGACGGGGUGUUCGACCUCUGCGAAGACUUGCUGCCUGUGGUUCGACAGGCGGCGAUCAAGAGCCUUCCAUCACUCUGCAGGGAUGGACCACAACACACGAUCAAGAUAGCUGAUGUCCUCUGCCAGCUCCUUCAACUUGACGACGAGGACUUGGUGAUUGUUCAGGGAGCAUUGCAGACGCUGCUGGUACAGAGUCCGCGAGGAAUCAAAGGAGUCGAGUUGCGGGAUAAGACCAUGGACUUUAUCACCAACCAAGUCGUCACAGCGUUUAGGACAGGACUUGUCACGGAUCCAGAGAUUGAACUCUUCUUUGUUGAUGAGAUGCGAAAGGCUAUGGGCUCUGUCUCGGACAGCGAACUGGAGUCCUUCGCAAAGAUCAUUAUGCAGACAACAUUAUACAAGACUGGAGCGUUGGAGAACUUGACGGGACUAUCACAUAUCUACGUGGCCCACAUUACAUCCGAAGUGCCAUGGAAUAUUCGCAAUCCUGAUUCGAUCAAGCGGGUUCUCGUGGCAGGAAAACUUUCGAUGCCUCUUUUCCAGCGCAACGUCUCGGCGGACGUGCUUCUUGAGUUUUUUGCUACCCAUAUCCUCCCCCGCAACGAAUUUGAGCAAUUGACGGAUAAGCAGAGAGCACACGUCUUGCGACUAUACACGGACAGCAUCACUACGGGGCAUCCUUCACCAGCAGCGCUGAAACGUGCGGGCGGACUCUUGGGCGACCUUCUUGUGAUGAUUGUUCCUGCGGAACAAGACAGUACUACCCCUGUCGAGUUUGCGCAAGUCGAAUGCUUGGUCCUUGCCCUUGACCUGCUCACUCAGGAUCCUGAUCUGCUCGAUAGAGACGAUCUUGUCGCAAGAUUCAGGAACUUGUACAACCUUACCCAGAUUCAACUCUCAAGCAUAAAACAGGCCAUCAAAACAGCCUCAUCAAAGGUGCCGCAAGAUGCCGAACAGAUCACAACGAUCAAGACGCUCACGAGAACCCAGACUAUCCACCACAACAUUCAUACCAUUGAGUUCUUAAAACCCAAGAAAUUAUGGACCAAGCAUGCCCUCCACCCAUCCUGGAAGCCAGUACCAGAGCCAAAUCACCCAGUUGUUCCAAAGACGGCAGAAACGUCGAAGCUUGCCACUGCAAGCCCUCUCAGCGUUGCCAAACCAGGCGCCAAUCUAUCAACAAGAUUAAGUGCCAAACCAGCAGCGCAACCUGAUACCAAACCCGGAUUAAAGCCUACGCCACAACGACAGCAGCCUUCCCCGUUGCAACAGCGGCAGCAGCAGCAACAAGGCGCGCUGAACAAGCGGAAAGCUGAACCAGAAUCGAAUACGAAGCAAAAAAAGCCCAAGAUUACUCGCCCGCAAGGGCCUGGUGUGGGAAGUCUGUCCGCCGGGAACAGCAGUCCUAAUAGUCAAGGUCCGAAGGGAGCGAAGCAUUCGCAGUCUCAACAGCAAGUUCAGGGACAAACUCAAGCUCAGGGACAGUCACCUGCGCAGGUACAGGCACAGCAGAAGCAAAAGCAACAGCCUCAGAGGCAGCAGCCUAUUCAAAAGCAUCAACUGACGAAGCAGCCACCUCAGACUUUGAAGCAACGAGGCCAGUCAUCGCCGAAAGGAUCGCCCAAGGUAUCAUCCAAAUCAUCACCCCGAGUUGUACACGGAUCACAGCAGCAGGGAAAGAAGAGUCCGUAUGGCUUUAAUAACGGGGCCAGCGGGGCCGGAGGGUCGGGAAGCAGAGGACUGACGUCGCCUUCGUUCGAACGAGAAAGGAGACGUCGGGAUACCAACAAGAAGAUCAACUUUUUGCAGCCGCGCUAA